GCUGAGCCGAUGAGAUCAUGGAGCCUGCGCCGAGGUCGGACAGGGUACGGCUGGGACUUCACGGUGAUGGAGAGGUGCCUGUCCGAAUCCACCAUGUCCUGCACUGUAGCUGAAACCACAAGACCUCUGACCUGUGUGUCUGGGAGCCUUCUAGCCAACAUUCACUGCCACUUUCUUCUAAUAGGAUUAAAUAAGACUCAGCCUCAAGCCCUAAACAAUCAGGGAUGGACAGGUGAAAACUGAGAGGCUGAGGGGUGGCCUGGCCUUUAUUCUAAACCUCAUUAUUCAUUCUGGUUCCGUAAAGGGACAUGAAAAUAUAACAGUUUCCUCUUGGAAGUCCACUUUUGCCAUAUAAAAAAUGCCUUUAAACAUUAGAGCCAAGCCCUCGCAGAGCAAGCUCUCUGCUGGCCCAAAGAGUAGUGGGCACACUGAUGGCAGCACAUCUCAUUCACGCUUUUCCAGAUCCCCCAAACAGGGGAAAGGCAAACAGGCUGUAAGUUCAGCACCAGGCUCCCGCUCGGGGCUAGAACCAGGCUCUGUGUCAGGGGGUGGGCCUGCCCCAGCAUCUAAAUUGACUGGAAGUCAAGGGUCAGUGUCGAGGCCAGGUUCGAAGAUCAAACCUGGCUCAGCAGCAGACAAAGGAGUGAGUCGUGGUUCAGCAACAGCUCCAGGGGGUAAAACCCUGUCUAUGGAGAACAUCCAGUCUUUGAGUGCUGCCUAUGCCACUUCAGGCACCAUGUAUCCCACUGAGCAAGAUUCCUUGGAACCCUCUGGUGGGUACCCUAAAGGCACCAUGACGCUGGGCAGGAGCACCAGCCGCUCCUCCUACACUAACCGGACAACAGCCAUGGGCAGCAGCCCAAACAUCACCUCCUAUGGGCUUCAUCACCCGUCAGACCCCUAUGGAGACCAGACCUUGCAUACUGCAGGGACUUCCAGUCUGCGGCGGCAGUCUGGAAGACAUCCACAGGCACUGGAUCCGUUUGCACGGGAACAGGUUUCCACGUUUGAUCUCCAGGCUCAGCUGAGGGAGCUCCAGAGGGACAAUGACAACCUGAGGAGGGAACUGGACGGAGGGAGGGACGGAAGGACAGGACCUGGCACAAACAAUGUCAACUUCUGGGGCCCGGAGGUGAAAAGAGAGAAGGGGGUUAGGCUGGAGGAAGGAGUGAGAACCUCUGUGCUGAAGGACCAGUACAGGACUAACCAAGAGGUGCAGCAGCUUCCAUUGACCGUUCAGGAGCUUCAGGAGGAGCUGAGGGCUCACAGGGAGAACAGUCGCUUGCAGCAACAACGGCAGCAAGGGAACUCUGGCUCCUAUCGAGAACUCCAUGCAGACCAGGACCACAGAACGGGGCUUAGCCCUGGCCACAGCCCCAGACAAAGCCCCAGUAGCCUGCACAGUCCUGGACCGAAGAACAGCCCGAGAGCCAGCCCAUCCAGCACUUACAAUCCGAGACAACAGGAAGCUGAUGUCAUCAUUCACAGCCCUGGUUAUGGCUGUAACACUGCAGUAGCUUCGCAGAGAAUCAGCCCAGCCAACACCCUUCAGUCUGGGCCGAGGAACAGCCAAAAUCAGUCCCACUACAAUUCUAGCCAGGGUCCGGUGGUAGCGCCAAGCUCUAGUUCACUCCGGGCCUGCAGCCCCUGCCAGGUGCCUGGGUGUGACGGUGUGUCCUCAUCUCAUCCUCUGGAUCCAUCAGAGGAGAAUUUCUUCCGGCUGCAGUCGGAGCAUGAGCGGCAGGCCAAGGAGCUGUCCCUGCUGAGGAAGACUAUGGAAGAGAUGGAGAUGAGAAUCGACUCUCAGAAGCAGACGCUGGGCGCCCGGGAUGAGAGCAUCCAGAGGCUGCUGGAGAUGCUUCAGGGCCAAGGACAAAGUCAGGGACACUGGGGUCGGGGACAGCGACCAGGCAUCAUAACCAUGGCAGCGCAGGAGGCUGAAGCUCACCUGGAGAACAUGCAUGUGAGAGAGAACACCAACCCCCCUUUCUGUUUUGAUCCUGAUGUUAUCUGGCAGGACACCAAGAUCUCUUCCCUGGAGAGGAACAUCAGAGACUUAGAGGAUGAGGUCCAGAUGUUAAAGACCAGCGGCCUGCUGCACCCUGACGAGAGGCAGGAUGAGCUCAAGCAGGUGGAGGUCUACAAGAGCCAUUCUAAAUUCAUGAAGACUAAGGAGCAGGCCUUGUCACCCCGUGUGUCUUCCAUCAGAACAGCUCCCAACUUCCUCCACACCAACCAACAUCCCUGGAUCACAGAACAAGCAGAAAUAGAGCAGCAGAAGCAGGAGCUGAACAGGAAGGAGGCAGAGAUGCAGGCCCUGCAGACCAAACUGGAGACGUUGACCAAUCAGAACUCAGACUGCAAGCAACACAUUGAGGUGCUAAAGGAGUCGCUCAGCGCCAAGGAGCAACGCGCCAAUACACUGCAGACAGAGGUAGAUGCUCUGCGGGUGCGUCUGGAGGAGAAGGAGCAGUUGCUGACCAAGAAGAGCAAGCAGCUGCAGGACCUGACUGAUGAAAAGAGCACCCUAACAGGAGAGAUCAGAGACAUGAAGGACAUGCUGGAUGUGAAGGAGAGGAAAGUUAUUGUGCUGCAGAAGAAGAUUGAGAACCUGUUGGAGCAGUUAAAAGAUAAGGAUAAACAGCUGGCUGGGUUGAGGGAAAGGGUCCAGGGCCUUCAAACGGACUCCAGCAACACAGACACAGCCCUGGCCACACUGGAGGAAGCCCUGUCCGAAAAGGAGCGAGUGAUUGAGAAUCUGCGUGAGCAGAAGGAGCGGGAGGACAGGGUUCGGCUGGAGGAGCUGGAACAGAUGAGGAAGGAGAACAAGGACUUAAAGGACAAACUUUCAGUCCUGCAGCCCCAGAAGCUGUCCCAGAGUCAGCCUGCCAACCCUGGCCUGACCCAGAACCAGAGGCCUGAUGGAGAGGUGCCAGCCAAAGUUGACGGGCUACCUGCAGGAAGCCCCACGACCCAGAACAUGGACGAAGCACUCCGGAAAUGUCCAGACAUCACCGAUCGCCUGAGGCUUCUGGAGCAGGAAGUGGCUCGCAACAAAGAGGAAUCUGGGAGGUCACAAGCGGAGGUGGAGAGGCUUAUGGCAGCUCUGAGGGAUGCUGAGAUGGAGAAAUCAUGCAAGGAGAAGAAAAUAGCUGAUCUUGAGAGGCAAAUCAAGUCUCCUAACAUCCAGAAGCAGACGGUCCCGGGUGAGAUGAGGAAAGAUGCCCUGACUGAUGGACAUUCACACUCUUUAUCGCAGCUUCCUCUUUCAGCUUCCCAGGAUGCCAUGCGGGAGACAGCGGAGCGGAUCAGGGAGUUGGAGAAGGCACUGAGGGAGAGCAUGAACACCUCCGCACAUAGGGAGGCUCUCUGGGCACAAGAGGAGGGUGCCCGUGUUCAGGCCCAGAGAAAGUUAGAGGAGCUGAUGGGGGCUUUGGAGAAGACAAGGCAGGAGCUGGACGCCACCAAGCUGCAUCUGUCCUCCACUCAGCAGUCCCUGCACGAGCGAGACGGACACCUUAAUAGUCUUCGCCAGGAGAGACGCAAACAGCUGGAGGAGAUUCUGGAGAUGAAGCAGCAGGCUUUGCUGGCAGCCAUCAGUGAGAAGGAUGCUAACAUCGCACUGCUGGAGUUAUCCUCUUCCAAACGGAAGAAAGCCCAGGAGGAAGUGAUGGCUCUGAAGAGGGAGAAAGACAGGCUCAUGCACCAGCUCAAACAGCAGACUCAGAGCAGAAUGAAGCUGAUAGCGGAUAACUACGAGGAAGAUCACAUACACCCCCAACAUCAUCCUCACCAUUCUUACCACUUGCAUCCAGGAAACGUGCAUCACCGAAGUCUGCCGAGAGGGCCCCACCACGCCAACCACCGACCCCCUAUGGACCAGGAUGAUGAAGAGGGAAUAUGGGCAUGAUGACCAUCGCCAUGGUAACCCUGCAACCAUUUGACCACAAUUUGUGGAGGUUGAACCAUCCGACAGGGAUUUAUACUUUCUACUCAAGAGCCCAUGAAGUCUAUUCAAGAGAAGACUUUUUCCUCAUUUCUAGGUCCUUACUACCCGCCAGACUGUCCCAUUCAAAUGAUAGCAUUCUAUUAACAGACCAUGCUAUGGUCAGACUAGACAUGAUCACAUAUCAGGAGACCGUGAGGUCACAGAUGUGGCGCUUUAAUUCAUUAUUUCUACAAGAUGCAGCAUUCAAGGGAGGAGCUAUAGGGCACAUUAGACUAUAGACUUUGGAGACCAAUGUCCCUACAGCUCCCUCUGCCAUAGUGGCAUAAAAGGCCAUUAAGGCCUUUCUAAGGGAAUUCAUUAUUCAGUAUGCUGCCCACAAAAGUUAAUGCUGCUAAGCUCAUAGAUUAAGAAAAGAGAAUUAAGAACACAGGGGCCAAGUUAAAAAGGAAUGUAUCCGAAGGGGUUUUAAAAGAACUGACUCACCUUAAGUAUGUUGAGUAUAAUAAUACAUUCUCCAUGAAAACUGACUUUCUUCUGUUUAGCGCCAGGCAGACUAUUUUUGAAUCAAGGGAUAAAACUGGGAAAUUUCUGGCAGGGUAUAUUAAACAGAAAGACUCCAAAUCUUCUAAAGCAGCGUUGAGGGCUGGAGAUGGGAACUUGGCAACCAAAUCUAGUGAGAUAAACUAUAUAUUCAAGGAAUUUUAUAUAAAUCUAUCCAUCUGAAAGCGCUGUCACGGAUGCACAACUAGAGGGCUUAGAUUCACCUAUUAGUUCACAGGAGAUUCGAGGGGUUUUGUUAAUGAAAACAAUCUUCCCAGAAGUAGUUUCUAGAAGUAUUUGCAACUCCAACACCAGCUAGUCUAUGUUAUGAGGAAAGGAGUCCAACCUCAGCAGUCAGAUCUUCCCUCUCAGACUUCAAAGGUAAUAGGUCUUGAACAUGAUGCGUGUAUUAAUUAUGCAAUCAUCUUCCAGCCGACAGUUACUGUAUCUUAUGAUGGUAACUUUGAAUUUGAACAAUGAUGUUACAAAGAAAGAGUGUGAUCAUAUAUGUGAAAACAUUACAAGGGUAUCAAGAGACAUCAAAAUUAGAUGAAUCCCAUUUAAAAAUUUUCCAUCAAUUUUAUUCAACACCCACCAGACUAUUUAGGCUUAAGCUUAUGGACGAUGCUGACUGUAGGUAGUGCUGUAGCUCUAAAGGGACUCUUCUUCACCUACUCCAGGAUUGUUCCAUGAUUCAGAACAAUUGGCCAAAGGUUUGUGAUUGUAUAAAAAACACUACUAGGACCAACUUUGAGCUCUGAGGCUAUAUGUUCUCGUUGAUCCACAAAUUACAUCUCACUGUGGAGCCAAACACUGUAAUUGUGGGAAAGCAAAUUAUAAUGACAAACUGGAGAAACCCAGGUGAGCCCUCUUUUCAAGAAUGACUCAGAGUUGGCAAAAGUGGAAUCAUACGAACAAAUUUCUUUCAGCUCUAAGGUUAGGACUGAGAAUAUGUGGCAAAGUGCGGAGACUACUUGGAAUACAUCAUUAAUAUGGACAGAUUUUGAAAUAAUGCACACACCAUGUACAUAAUACUCCCAUAUACAGCACACACACAUUCUUUCUGUUUCUGAGAAUGAAUCUGUUGCUUGUAAAUUUGAGUGGUUAUGACCAUAUUAAUUUAGAAAUAUACAUUUGAUUUGUGUGGGGGA